GUCAGUGGUCUGGAGGUCAACAUCCCUACCACGGUGGCACAUGGCAAAGUCAAAAUCAGCCAGAGCAACAGACAGCUGACCGUGGCAACUGAAUUUGGCCUUCAGGUAUCAUUUGACAGCAACUGGACUGUAGUGGUGACUCUCCCCAGCAGCUAUUAUGGAGCCACUUGUGGGCUCUGUGGGAACUUCAACGAGGUAACAACAGAUGACAUGGUUGAUCUCAAUGGGACACAAGUGUCCUCCAUCAUGGCCUGGGCCAGUAACUGGAAAGUCGAUGAUCAAGAUCCUGCUUGCUCCGAUACCUGUCAAGGAAACUGCUUGGCUUGUGAUGACGACAAGAAGGGGCUUUAUGGCAGUUGGAUAUUUUGUGGAGCUAUUAACCAUUUUGCAGAUGAACCUUUUUGGGGGUGUCGUUCCACUGUGGAUCCCACCAGCUACUACGAAGAUUGCAUCAACCGACUGUGUGCAAACAAAAGCAUCCAGGUGCUGUGCAAAGCACUGGAGGCCUAUGUCACAGCUUGUGAGGAACGGGGCAUCCUUAUUACAGAAUGGAAAAAGAAAACUGGCUGUGGUCAACACACACUUUACUACCCCGCAAAUGACCCAAUUGAUGAAGCUCCCAACUGCCCUGAGAACAGCCACUAUGAAGCCUGUGCGAAUGCUUGCCCAGAUACCUGCUCUGAGCCGUCCGCCUCCUCUGUCUGCACCCUGAAUUGCAUACCAAAUUGCCAGUGUAACAGCGGCUACGUCCUCCAUGACAGCAAGUGUGUCCCUAUGGACAGCUGUGGCUGCCUCUACAAAGGCCUCCAUUACGAACCGGGAGAAGAGUUCUGGGAAGACGAGAAGUGCCUUUCCCGCUGCAAGUGUGACCCCAGUCAGGGGCCGAUAAAAUGCUGGACAGCCAGUUGUCAGGCCAAUCAAGAAUGUACCACGGUCAACGGCGAGCACCACUGCAAAGGGUCGGGUUACUCCACCUGCAUUGGAACUGGAGACCCUCACUACACCACCUUUGACGGGCGGAAGUACGACUUCCAGGGUAGCUGCAUUUAUGAGAUGGCCGGGGUCUGCUCCGAGGACAGCCGCCUCACCCCGUUCUCAGUCAGGGUAGAAAACAACAAUCGGGGCAACAAGGCCGUGUCCUUCACCAAAGUGGUGACUUUGGAAGUCUACAAUAUGACCCUCAGCCUGAGCCAGGAGCAUCCACACAAAAUUCAGGU